UCGCGUACUGCGUCGUUUUUUCGUUUACUUCCCGUCGGUUUUGUACUUACAAGCCGCGUCGUUUACGUAUACACGCGCGCUUACUUUGUUCAGAAAAUCGCUUUUGUUGUCUUCGACCAUGACCGCGCCGAGACCGCCGCGGACGCGUUCGCUGGAAAAUGACCGCGAAUGACUUCGCGAAACAACCGGCACGAGUAUAGCAGCAGCUUGUGAAAAAAAAAAAAAAAAAAAUAUGGAAACCUCUACGAGCAGCGAUACGGGAGGGGACCAACAGCCCGUUCCCGACAGCACGGUGCCGCGGAAAUCCUGGUCCGAGCUGCGCGCCGUCGUUAGCGAUCUCAGGAGAAAGUUGUCCGGCGUGUCGGCCGGAUCCGUGCCUGGGUCCAUCUCUUUCCGAUCUCUUCCGGACGGCCGAACUAGAAUAUAUUUUCUUAGCACUCCCAGCAACGGAUGGGAAACCACUCUUCUGUAUGUAGAUAUUGCACACGCGGAUCACGCCAACGGUUAUCGUCUCCAUUGGCAGCCUGUUAUAGAAGCAAAUUUUCAAAGUGUAUCAAGCACGAAUAGACUGUCGAAAGAGGAACAACUGUUGUGGGAGAGAAAGAGACUCGCCACGUGGGGUAUAACCAGCUAUGAGAUUCACGCGGAGAGCGGCAAACUGGUUUUUCCAGCUGCCAGCAGUCUUUAUCAAUGCGUGGAUACUGGAUUUAUGCCGGGUCCUCUCUUUCCGUCCGAGAUAAGGAUGUCGACCAGCGGAGCUAAAUUGUGUCCUCAGAUUUGUCCCUGGAACAAUGCUCUGAUCGCUCACACGUGCUCCGGAGAUCUGUAUCUGUCGCAUAGUAUUACAGGUUCUUCAAUGCGGUUAACUCACGCUAGAAAAGGAAAUAGAAGUCUUGCAGAUGAUCCACUUACCGCCGGUACUCCUUCUUACGUGAUGCAGGAGGAAUUCACAAGAUACAUCGGUUACUGGUGGCAACCGAAGUCGACGUACGACGGUAUAUAUAGAAUAGUGUACGAGGAGGUUGACGAGAGCGACGUCAAGAUACAUUGUUUUACCUCGUCAUCGAAUUCCGACGAAGUGGACGAAUUCAGAUUUCCCCGGGCUGGUAUGCCAAACGCAAGGAGUAACUUGAAGAUGGUGCAGUUUCGGCUGACGGAAUCGUUGCAGAUCGUCAACGUGGAAAUUUUAGAACUUCAAUAUCCUCUUCACAUUAUGUUUUCUUGGAUGGAAUACAUGGUGAGGGUUGGUUGGACACCCGACGCUCAAUACGUCUGGGUUCAACUGCUGGACAGAAAACAGCAGAAGCUCGAAUUGGUUCUGUUGUCGAUAGACAACUUCUGCGAACCCCCGCCGAACACGUACAACACGGAAAAUCAUUUCACACCCGCAUCGGCAAGCGUCCAAGUGAUAUACUCUGAGCAAAGUACGAUCUGGAUCAAUGUGAAUGAUUUACUGUAUUUUUUAAAGUCUGACGAUCCGAACGAGGUCAAAUUUAUUUGGGGAAGCGAGGAAUCCGAAUAUCGACAUUUGUAUCUUAUAACAUCUAGUAUAGCAGGUUUGAGUAAUGGUGUGGAAGAGCCUUUGGACAGAAUGGAUAGUAUAUAUCUUCGACCGCGUAUCACUUCCAAGGUAGCGCUUACGCAGGGCGAUUGGGAAGUGUUAGGAAAAAAGAUAUGGGUCGACGAGGUGAAUUCUAUUGUGUACUUCUGCGGAUUACGAGAAGGACCUUUGGAGCAGCAUGUUUACGCGGUUUCGUUGCGACGACCUUUAGAAAUAAGACUCUUGACGCGACCUGGCUACAGUUACAAUAAUAUAUAUUUCAACAAAGAGUGCACGAUGUUGGUCACCGUUUACAGUUCCAUUAAAACGCUUCCUACUUGUCAAGUAUUUAAGAUAUCACAGAGCGACUGGACGGUAGAAAGUAUAUCGCUCACACCAGUAGGCUAUCUUCUAGAACCGUCGGUGCCCGAAACCGAAUUAUUCGCACCAGAGAUUUUUACUCACAAAAUAAAAUCGGGCGACACCAUCUAUUCGAUGAUAUUCAAGCCUCAUAAUUUUCAAUCCGGCAUCAAGUAUCCCACGAUACUUAACGUAUAUGGCGGACCCGAAGUACAAUUAGUAUCAAACACAUUUAAAGGAUUAAGGCAUUUGAGGAUGCACAUGCUGGCCGCUCAGGGCUAUUGUGUAGUCUUGAUCGACUCUCGAGGGUCGCAGCACAGAGGUUUACUGUUUGAGAGUCACUUGCGACGUAGAAUGGGAACGGUGGAACUAGACGAUCAAGUGGAAGUAUUAAAAUGGCUGGCGGAAACUACCGGAUACAUAGAUUUAAAUCGGGUGGCUCUCCACGGGUGGUCUUACGGCGGAUAUUUAAGCCUAAUGGGAUUGAUACAGUAUCCUGAUGUGUUUAAGUUGGCGAUUGCUGGCGCUCCGGUCACCUCGUGGAACUUUUACGACACUGGAUACACCGAACGUUAUAUGGACUUGCCGCAAAACAAUCCUCACGGUUACAUGGCCGGGUCGGUGCUGACAUAUGUGAACAAGUUUCCCGACGAGGAGAAUCGUUUGUUGAUCAUACACGGUCUUAUCGACGAGAAUGUGCACUUUUAUCAUACUAGCCAGCUGAUCAACGCUCUUGUAAAGAUCGGUAAACCGUAUCAACUUCAGAUUUACCCCAAUGAGAGGCACAGUCUGAGGAAUUUAGACGCCAGCAAACAUUAUGAAACGACGUUGCUGUCGUUUUUACAAAAUCAUUUGUGAACCAAUAUAUUCUUUAGACAAUUUUUUAUAUUGUUGGGUGAUUGAACAAGAGGUUUACGUAACUGCCAUUAAUAUCCAAACAAACGCGGAUAUUUGUACAGUGCACAGAAAACUUAAGACAAAAAAAAAAAAAAAACAUUUAUGGUUCAAGUUAGUUUAGACACUUGUGUUAGUUUCUGUACAAAAAGUGUAGCCUCAGUUAGGCUUUUAAGAGAUAGUAUUACAUUCUCAAUGCAAAAUACCCACAACUAUUACGUGAUCGUAAUUGCAAAUAACGUUCUAACAAGAACACUUAUACAUAUAUAUAUAUAUAUAUUAGAAUUUUUAACAACUGUAAAAAUAUCAUGAAAUACAUAGUUUGCGACACACAAAGCUUUUUUUCGUGUUAAAUUGCAUGCAAGCAAUCAGAAUUGACACUUUAAGAAUUGUCAAUUUGCAAUUAAACAAUCAGCGAAUUGUUAAAUUGUUUUAAUUUGACGCAAAUGCAAUCGAAGAACGGCAUCGUGUGCCGCACGCUAUAAUAAUUAUGUUCGAGACGAUCUUUCUUAAUCAGCUGUUAUUGAAGUUUGCAAUCGUGAUGUUAGAUAUGUAUGGCUACUUUUUAAGAAGAUGGACAAUACUCAAUUUAUUAUACAUAGACAAUAGUUGACAAAGAAAGAAUUAUUUUAAAAAUGUGUUUUUCCGUUUUGCUAUAUAUAUGUUGGAUUACGAUUGUUGGAUAUGACGUCCAAAAUGAUUAUGUACAUAUAAAGUGAUUAAAAAAUU